AUCCGGGAUAACCGGAAAUACAAAGCAAAACCUUCUAUCGGAUGUGUCUCAAAUAGCAAGUAAGAAAUAUCGAGUUCACUUUAUGAAGUGUAGGAUCUAUUACUAAAGCUCCCUAGAUAGUGCACUCAUGAAGGAUGUGUUGAGAUAUUUGGAAUUAGGCCUCAUCUACUUCCACGGAGAGCGCAUUUAUUUCUUACCAUGUGUUUUUAACUCGAAUUAGUAUCAGUAUAUUUAUGAUCUUAUUAUAUAAUGGACCAGGACGAUUUGGGAGAAAAUGUUCUUAUUAAUUUGGACGUCGAGAGUCUUAACCCUGUCAUCGUUAAACACGAGAAACAAGAGAAAUCAAGGUUUUUCACCAGUAGGAAAUGCUACUCUUAUAUAAAGAAGAAGACCUUUGCGACAUUUGUGGCAUCUAAAAGGAUUUCAUCACUUUGGCAGUGCUGUGACAAGGCAUUCUCAGACCCCUCGUCCAUCCACAAACAUGUUUCCAACGUCCAUGCGAAUGAGAUUGACGAGCUCACCGGUGCAGCACUGGAUCAGAUGCUGAAGCAAUCCAUAUCCGAUGGCUCUGUACACGAAUAUUUGAAUGAUUGUCAGUCAAAAGAUGCUUCCUAUUGGAUGCCUGAUACAAGUCACAUUUCUGAGGACAAGCUUAGCGAAGGUCCAGGUGAAGUCAUCUUGUAUUACUGCUAUUGUCAGAUAAAAGAGCCCAGAUUCAUUUGUGACUGGCAGAAUGAGCUGUGUUCAAAGCUUCGCCUCACCGGAAAGGUACGUGUGGCCACAGAGGGCAUCAACGGAACAGUUGGUGGAACCAAAUCAGCCACAAGACUUUACAUCAGUGCAAUGCUGGCACAUCCCAUUUUCCAAGUAAUGCAAGUGGAAGAUUUCAAGAUUAGUGAUGGCAGCGCAGAGUGCUUUCCUGAUCUUAAGGUUGGAGUGUAUAAAGAAAUCGUCCCAAUGGGUGUGGACCCAGAUAUAAUCACCUACAGAUCAGCAGGAACACAUUUGGAGCCUGAGGAAUUCCACAAGGAGGUCCAGUCUCUACUCAAAGACGGCUCUGCCAACAGUGAUACAAUUCUGCUGGACUGUAGAAACUUCUACGAGAGUAAAAUAGGUCAGUUUAGAAAUUGUUUGGCGCCGGACAUCCGCAAAUUCAGCUACUUCCCUGACUAUGUGGACCAGAACCUGGACCUUUUCCGCAAUAAGAAGGUGCUAAUGUACUGCACUGGGGGCAUCCGGUGUGAACGAGGGUCAGCAUAUCUCCGUUCAAAAAAUGUCUGUAAGGAAGUGUACCAGCUGAAGGGCGGCAUUCAUAAGUAUCUGGAGCAGUUUCCUGAUGGUUUCUACCGGGGCAAACUUUUUGUCUUUGAUGAACGUUAUUCAAUCUCAUUCAACGGUGACAUUAUCUCAGAUUGUAGGUACUGUGGGACACCAUGGGACCAGUAUCAGCUCUGCUCUACUGAUUUCUGCUACCAGCUUGUCUUAUCCUGCACCUCUUGCAGGCAGAAAGGCCUUACAGCCUGCUGCCCUGUGUGUCAAGUUAAAGUGCAGAUGCCCAGCGGAAGCCCCUCUGGUGGACGUGUGCACAAAGAAGAAUGUGAAUGUACACACUCCAGGCCCAGAAUCCCUAAAGACACUUUUUGAUGAGCAGUUCUCUGAGGCCUCCUGCUGUCUGGCAUGUGGUGCAGGAUAAAUACUUGUGUUUAGAGGAAGUCAAAACUGUAGACAUCAGAGUUUGAUAUGGCAAGAUGAUAGAUGAAAUAUUUAUUAAACAUUUAUUAAUGAGACAUUUUAACAUUUUAAAAGUAACUUUGGAAGCAAAAGUUUUGAUGCUAAAUUUGUAAAUGUUUUGAACAGAUAAGAAUUAAAAGUACCAUUUAAUUCAGUUUUUCAAAGAAGUUUUAACCCGGCUAUUUUUUCUUGCUGUUUGUUACCAAACGUAUGCGUUAUAAUACAUAUCAUGGUAAUGUCAAGUGUUAUGAUGUUUUUGUCAUUUUGUCCAUCCCUAUUGUGAGUUAUAAAAGAUCUGGCCAUUUGUGAACAAUGAUUAAAGAAUGCAUUAAAGAACAAUUUCGGUGUUUGGAUUUUAAAGCUCUACUCACUCAUAACACAAAUUAAAAAAAAAAAUUAUGAAGGGGAAAAUAUGAAAUAAAUGACAU